AUGCAUACAGCUGUAUUCGUGCAUACAUGUAUGCAUAAACUAUCGACCACUCCAUUUUUUUUGCAUUGCCUCCACUCCAUCGGUCUCCAAAAUAACAUUUGCGCUGCUUCCAAUCCGCCGGCUUCCUCCUCCCAGUUCCUGCAGCCAUGCAUUCAACUGGAACUGGAAAAAGAGAAUACACAAUCUGACGACAGUCGCCUCCGCGACUCCGAAUCUUCCAGGUUGCCGCCGUUCGUUACACAGUUAAGCCGAUCUGAGGCCCAGAGCCGCGCAGCCGCGUCGGGGGACGCCAAGCGCUAA